GCUCGCAGCCCGCCAGGGAGGCGGGCACGGACGGACCCGCGCCGCGCUCCCGGCCCCGACAGCCCCGAGCCCCGACAGCCCCGAGCCCAGCAAAGGGAAGCGAUGCUGAUGCUGGACUGCAGUUCAGAGUCUGGUAGUUUCAGCAACCUAUUUGAGACAGGAACUGGUGUGAAUGCACCUGCAGAUGCCUCUGGUCAGUCUCCAGCUCACUUGGCUGCUUGUGGUGGUGAAGCUUUUUUCCUACUUUGGCAACUGCAGACAGGAGCAAAUCUGAACCAACAGGAUUGCCUUGGAGAAGCCCCGAUACAUAAAGCAGCAAAAGCUGGCAGUUUGGAAUGUCUUGCUCUCCUUGUUGCUGGUGAUGCUAAAAUUGACUUGUGCAACAACAGUGGACAGACAGCAGCAGACCUUGCACUGGAUUAUGGCUUUCUGGAAUGUGCCAAGUUCCUCAGGACAAUUCAGCACACUCAGACAAUGAAACUGAGAGGACAGUCUGGAUACUCGCUAAGUGACAGACAUGGCUUGCAGAGAGAGGAUCCAACUGCACAGAAACAAGAAAGUGAAACCAGCAGAUCCAUAAACAGGAAGAGGAGAAGAUCAGAUGAUCUUGUCUCCUAGCUGCCAGAAGAAACAGCUUGUAAUCCCAACAUGAAAUAAGGGGAAUCUGAAGUCUGAAGAACCAUGACUGGAUGAUACACUCAGCAGUCAGAUGUGUGUGCUGGGACAUUGUCUCCUUCUGAGAAGGAGGAAAGCUUGUUUAUUGUUACUUCUUACAGAAGAAUCUUGUGAGGUUUUUUUUUCCCCUGGAAUACUUGUAUUCAUUCAGUUAUAAAUAAAAGAGAUAGAAAAAAUAAUUCUCUUGCUUUUUCUGUGUAAGUAUGACAGCAAAAUUAAUAAAAUUCAGUAAAUACAGCCAUUCUUUCCCCACACCUAAAAUGCGUCAUCAAGAAUCCCAGCAACAAACAAGGCCUUUGAACAGAUUCAUAAUGGACAAGACAGCUGGCUAAGUGGAAUUUGAAAGGCAGAGGACACUUUAUCUUUU